UUGCUGUCGUGGCUUCGCACAAUCGCCGGCAAUCCGGCGAUCCGUCUAUGUUGAGUCAGCCAGUCAGUUAGCCGAUUAGCCGGAGGCGCGUAAUGGAAGCUCUAAGUGCACGCAGCUCAUGAGGGGCUGUCGUAUUGGAGUAGCUUUUGAUUAAUUAAUUAGCUUCUCACAAAAUGGCCCAUAAAUCUUUUGGCGGCAAGACAUGGUGACCUCUUGGUCAAGGAGUCCUCUUGGACAAGUCCAGCUAUAAAUGUAUAAAUGGCAGCGGCACAUGUCUAACGGUAAUUAGUUGCCCACUCAAGUGACCAUCAUGCACAUCACGCUGGUUUGCCUCCUUUUCACCUGGGGCCUGAGCCACAGUCACGCAGCCACGACAAUCCUGCAUGGCAACGGACAGGUGGCCAGUGCCAUUUCCCACCAGAGCUUCACCAGAUUAUCGUCAGCGGAGCCACUAGUCCUUCAGUCCCGAAAGCAGCCGCAUCAGCUGUUCAUUCCAUCCGCCAGGAUUGUUAAUCACCACCAAGCUGGGGAACGACAACAGGUCGAGAGGUUCUUCCAAGCGGCAACGGAGGAUGAUGCCCAGCUGGCUCCCCCUUCUGGACAGACACCCGCCCACCUCACCUACGCCGCCCAUCCUGUGGUGCACCAGAUGCUGCCAAGGAUUAAGCCCGUGCGAAACAUUAGCUACGCCUCCCUGAUCCCAGGGCCUCGCAGCCUUGACACCCAUACCCACCGGAACUUGUCACCUGUUUGAGAUGCUAUUUGUUAAGAGAUAGAAGUUUAAAAACUUCUUAAUCAUAAGUUGUUACAUCAAAGCUUAUACCAAUAACAUAAUUUUACACAUAUAUUCCAAUUAAACUACUAAAACAUCAA